AUGGUCGAUGCUAACUGUAAAUUUGUGGUGGUGGAUAUAGGAUCGUAUGGGAAAGAAGAAGACAGUGGUAUUUUUCUCAAAUCCAUUAUGGGGCAACAGAUUUUAAAUGGAUCAUUUAGUUUUCCAGAGGAUUGUUCUCUUCCAGGUUCUGAUAUAAUUGUCCCGCAUGUAAUCGUUGGGGAUGAAGAUUUUCGUCUACACACGCAUAUAAUGAAACCCUACUCGAGAAAAUCAAGCAGAGACGAUUCUACAAAAACGGUAUUCAAUUAUAGACUUAGUCGAGCUAGACGUGUGACCGAAAACGCGUUUGGUUUGCUAAGCCAAGUUUUUCGUGUUUUUUAUCAACCCAUUAACCUCGAAAUGUCGACUUGUGACGACUUGGUAUGGGUAGCUUGUAUCUUACAUAACAUGUUAAGGGAUGGUUAUUUGGAAAAUAACAAACGCCCAUACUUCGAAUAUGAUCAUGAUCAUGACUUACCUUCCAACAGCAUGCUACCUAUACGUAGAGGAGGUGGAUUUUUACACGCAAAUGGAUUCGAGGUGAGAGAACGAUUUAAAACAUUUUUUAAUAAUGAAGGAUCAGUAUCUUGGCAGAGAUAA